AGGCCCUCAUUCGGGAAGGUCCCCGCUCAUCGUCACACACAGCUGGAAGUCCUCCUCCAUGUCUGUAGACAGGAAUGGCGAAUUGAGCCUUCUUCUCCCACUUCACUGCAACGAUGAGGCCUGAAGGUUGCCGCUGAUCAGGCAACUAGCACCGGUAGGGAGGGAGAGGAGGGGAGAGUGGGAAGAGAAGAGGGGGGCGAAGGAGAGUAGAGUGCUGGGAUGGGAGGUGACGAGAGCCAACAUGGUGGGAAAAUGAUGUUCAUGGAAGAAGGUGAAGUUGGGUCGGCAGUGAAGGUAUAGGGAGAAGGACAAACAGGGCGUUAGAGUGGCAGAAGCAGGGGUUUUGCGGUUAAGAGCAAGGGGGGCAGAAAUGGCUGCACCAGCAUCUGGUGGCGGGGGAGCAGCAGUGGCAGGGGGUGGAGGUCCAGGUGGACUGGCUGCUGCACAACCGCCACCCACGAAGCGCAACAGGGCAGCCGCAGCUGCCGCCGCGGCUGCUGCUGUUGGGACAGACUCUAAUCCAUCUUCAGCGACUGGACACCCUACCCCUGCCCUCCCAAUGACGCCGAGCAUGGGUCCCCAUCUUCAAGUCCACGGCACCUUCGCUGAUGUUCAUGUCAAGAGGAUUGUUAUGGCUCUGCAGAGUGGUCUGAAGUCGGAGGUGGCCUGGGCAUUGAAUGCUCUGACUGUGCUAUCGUAUCGUGAUAAAGAUGAUGUGCGUAAGGAGACAACUCCACUGGCCAAGCUGCCGGGGCUGAUCGAUGCUCUGCUGCAUGUUGUCAAUGAAUGGCGUGACAUUGCCCACAUACGUGACUCUGCUCCUUUGUGUCGAGCUCGAGUCUUGGGCCUAGACCGCCCAUACACGGGGUUUGGCUGGGAGCAUGAACCUCUCAGCUCAGAUGACCCCCUAUGGCGUUAUCGCACCACUUCCACUGCUGCUGCUGCUGCAGCGGCAGCAGCUGCUGCAGCAGCAGGUAACGCUGGUGACAAAGCUAUGGCCCCUCCCGACCCUCCUGCUUCAAUCCCUGAAGAACCUUUCUUUGCUGUUGCUGCUUCCAGGAAGCGGACUCGAGGUAACAAUGGGGGGGGGGAUCGCAUGGACAAGUUGGUGGUGGAGGAGGGAAAGCGCUUGUCGAGUGGGGGGUUAGGGGAGAAGGAUGUGGAAGAGGAAAGAACUUUUGUGCUCCCUUCUGUAGGAGGCGGCGUGGGGGAGAGAGAUCUCGGAAGUGGAUGGCAAACGGAUGGGCAAUUUCGACCAUGGGCAGACGAGGAGGAUGCUGUCCAUGAGGAUGAAUGGUGGUGGACAGAUGAUGGCAUCUUCAACCUAGACGAGGGGGGUCGCGUGGAGAAGCAGCAGUGUGCAGUUGCAGCGUCGAAUGUUCUUCGUAAUGUAUCGUUUAUGCCGGAGAACGAGUUAGCCAUGGCGGCGAACAGAAAGUGCAUAGAGUCGUUGGUGGAAUGGAUGGAAGCGUACCGCGUUGAAGACGAGGAGUUGGUCUCCAAUGCCGUAGAUACCUUCCUGAACCUGGCUCCGGCGAUUGACCUCAGGAUGUUUGUGGGUCAGUCAGAUGGGAAUACCAUGGGAGGUAGAGGAGGCGGAGGAGGAGGGGGAGGGCUGGGAGGCGGAGGGGGAGGGCCAAAUGGGGGUCGACGACCUUUCAGUGUGAAAAGAGUGUUAGCUGCUCUCAAGGCAAUGCUGGAUUCGCCUGUUAAGUCACUUCAUUGUGCUGCUGCUGAAGCGAUUGGCCGGCUAGUGGUUUCCCCCGACAAUGAAUUGCUGGUCAUUCCCUUUGGCCCGGAGAUCUACUCGAGACUUGUCGAGCUCAUAGGGUUCGGAGAUUUUGAUGUGCAAGCUGCGGGAAUCGGUGCACUGCACAAUUUUGUGGAUAUAGACAUUGAUUCGCGGCUGAAAGUUGGCCAGGAGAGGUGGGCGGUUCAGAGGUUAUUCGCUGUCAUUCUGACACCUCAUCCCAUUGUAGACGUGUGCCGAAAGGCAGCGCUCAUACUGGAAAGCCUUGCCUCUGAGCCAAGGAACCGGGACAUUCUCGUGGCGAAUGAGAGCAAGCUCGUUGAGCUUGCGAUGACAGAGAGUCGCGUGUCUGACGUGGCAGCACGUAUCCUUUGUGAGCUGAGCACCGACGUCAACACACGUAGCAAUCCCAUGCAAGGCCUUUGGGCGUCUUCUCUUCGUGAGACUUAGAUAAAUGGUUAAGGGGGCAUGAGGUAUCUGGGCGAAAGUGAGGAGGAGCAGCAGCUAUGGGAUAAAAGUGGGAUAGGGUA